UUUACAGGCUACAACUUCCGGCUCUCGUUUCUAAAUAUGCAUCAUUGUUACAGCUUUAUUCCUAUAAACACCUAUGAACACAAACCGGGCAAAUUUUCUUAAGAAGAAAGUGAUUUUUAGACAGAAAUUGACGAUUUUUUAGAGUGUUUGUCCAAGCGGCUGACCGCUGACUUGUUGCUCGUGAACUUUUAAUUUGUCAUCUGACAACUAGCCAUGUGGCCAAUUAGCAAUGCCGCACUGUGUCAUGCUGAACCCGCAGUGACACUUAUUUAUUUGUUCGUCAUGGAAAACAAAUAACAAUGAGUUGACGCAAACUGGUCGGACUGGAAGUGGACUUCGUUGAAAUCACACCGGUACAAAGUUCAGGCUACAAUUAAUCUGGCACAGAUAAGCCCACUCACUGUGCGUUGACCAUGGACGACGUGGGACCAAUCUGAAGGAUAAUAAUUGGACUAAGGAUUUCUUGCAAUGGGGAGUCAGAGGAACGGUUUUAACAAGGAAACCUUCGUUUUGUCGGUGGACGUCGGUACAACCUUGAUCAGAUGUCACGUCUAUGACAAGCAGGCAACUAUCCGAGGAUCAUGCACUACCAAGGUUGUUCUCUUGUAUCCAGAAGUAGGACAUGUGGAGAUGGACCCAGAUACACUAUGGAAAGGGUUUAUCACUGUGGUCAAGGGAGCAGUGCAAGAUGCAGGAGUACAUAUGCGCCAGAUAGAGGCCCUUGGCAUAUCCACCCAACGAGGCACCUUCACAACGUGGAACAGGAAAACUGGGGUUCCUUUCCAUAACUUCAUCAGCUGGCAGGAUCAGAGGGCUGCAGACCUGGUGAGGUCCUGGAACAGAUCCUGCACCAUGAAAACAAUCCAUGGCGUGAUGAAGGUGGUCUACUUCCUGACCAGGCAGAAGCGCUCCCUUGCAGCGAGUCUUAUUGUCUUCUCCACUCAGCAUGUCACCUUACGCCUCGCCUGGGCCCUAACACACUACAAGCAGGUUCGUCAAGCGAUAGAUGAAGGCAACUGCUGCUUUGGAACAAUAGACACCUGGCUCCUGUACAAACUCACAAAAGGGCGCAUCCACGUCACAGAUUAUUCUAACGCUAGCGCCACAGGGAUUUUCGACUCCUACCAGAUGUGUUGGAGUGGGUUUCUCUGCUCUGUUGUGUCUCUGCCCCUCGCUAUAUUCCCCAAAGUAGAAAACACAGACCAUGACUUUGGUUCCACGGACCCAUCCAUCUUCGGAGUCGCCAUACCCAUCAAGUCGGUGAUGGCAGACCAGCAGGCAGCCAUGUUUGGAGAGUGCUGCUUUGAUGUUGGCGAUGUAAAGAUCACCAUGGGAACAGGCACCUUCAUGGACAUCAAUACUGGGAGUAAACCACAUACGUCUGUGGCAGGCCUUUAUCCUCUUGUGGGGUGGAAGAUUGGCUCAGAGGUGGUGUACCUGGCAGAGGGCAAUGCAGCAGACACAGGCACUGCCAUCAAAUGGGCACAGGAGUUGGAACUGUUCUCUGACGUCAAAGAGACCAGUGACAUGGCUUACAGUGUCAGUGACUCAGACGGAGUGUGUUUCGUCCCAUCCUUCAGUGGGCUGCAGGCUCCUCUGAACGAUCCAAAAGCUUGCGCUUCACUCAUGGGUCUGAAACCAUCUACCACAAAAAGGCACCUGGUCCGUGCCAUUCUGGAGUCUGUCGCCUUCAGAAACAAGCAGCUAUAUGAGACGAUGCACAGAGAGACUAACAUUCCCAUCACGACGAUCAGGGUGGAUGGCGGCGUUUCCGCCAAUGACUUCAUCAUGCAGCUGACUGCAGACCUGUUUGGUAGAAAGAUAGCCAGACCUCAUCACCAUGAGAUGUCGUGUCUGGGGGCUGCUUUUGUCGCUGGACUUGGAGUGGGUUUCUGGAAGAGCCGCGAAGAGCUGAAAAAGCUGCAGAGCACUGACGAGGAGUUCUUGCCUCACGUAGCGUCCGAGGAAGGUGCUGGCGCCCGUCAGGAGUACACCUCUGUCCUCCAGAGCUGGGAGAGGGCUCUGAGGCGCUCCAUGAACUGGUACAGCAAGCCUUGACACUGGACACACGACCUGGGGGAUCCUAGGUUUGACCAGUAGGAAAAACUUGAUCUUUGGGUACAAGUAGAACUAGACGGUUGAUUUUGUUUUUAAGAAAUUACAUCCACCAGCUGUGACUUGAAAUUAAGUAAAAUCCUGGGAAAUGAAAGUAGAAACCCAGUCUAAUCUUUACUGGAAAUGUUAAAUUCAAACAGAGCUGAAGAUGAUGCACUGACGUACUGGUACUGCAUUGAUCACUACACUAGGGAAAUAUUACCGGUUACAGCCUUAAAUUGUCUACAUACAGUAGUUACGUUUAUUUUAUUUCUUUAUACUGGCCGCCUGAUCAAAAUUACACUUCAUUAAUUCCAGAUUAACGUAUCAGGUGCUUCUUCAUAUUUCAGUAUUUUUUUUCUUUCUUCUUUCUUUUUUUUUUUUCAGCUGAUAUAAUAUUUUCCAUUUUACCACAUGGGGGUGCUGAUGAUUGACUUCACACGGAGCCAUAUAUUAGAGAAAUCUCUCUAAUAUAUGGCUCUGGCUCCACAGCCUUUUAAUUCACCAUAGCAACCACAUGCCAAAUGUUAAUCGGAGCUGCAGACUAAAAUAAUUUCUACCAGAAACACACAUGAUCAGCUGUGAGAAUAAAGCAGGGGGAAACAAAAGACUCCUCCUGUAAACGACGACUAAAGAUUCAAACGGUUAUACAAAGAUGUGAGGCACAAAUCUUUUCCUGUAUUUCUCUUUUUUUUAUGUGGCUGCUGCUUUUUUUUGUAACGUAGUCAUUUCUUUUCAGAAAUGUCAAACGUGAUGGUUCUGUGAAAAACUUUAUUUUUGUAACCUUGGAUUUUUUGUUGUAUGUUUAUCAUCAGACUUAAACGAGUAUUUUACAUGAAAUGAUAUUGUUUAAAUGUGUCAGAACAAAAAAAAACAAAUGUGUGUUUUUCUCUGAUUCAGGGAAUUCCUUCAGGAUUUCAAUGUGUAAAUGUUUCCACCCUGUUUCACAUUAUGUUUGUAUCAGUGACGAUUCAUUACUGUGCCUCAUCUCUGCUGGCAAUGAACUGGAGUAACUAGUAUUCAAUUUAAGACUUAAUUUAAAUUGAAUUACUUAAAACUUUAAAAAAGAAGUAUUCAAUUUAACUGUGCUUGUGUUUCAGGACACAGAAGGUCUCUUGAUUUUGCUGCGGGGUAAAUUCAGGGUGUACACUUUAAUGAUAUUUUUCGUAACGGUGUGUUGUGUAGCUGUUGUUGCAGCUUUCAUUGCUAGAGUUGAAUGUCCAUGUUGAUGUCAUAUGAUAACGUAUUGACUCACGUCUCUUACGGGACCUGAUGAACUCUGAUGACAUUGUUUAAAAAUUCAAAAGCAGGAACUAAAGUAAUGUCACCCUAAUAACUUGUACUGUUUAUGUUUCGUGUAAAAUUAAACUGUGCGUACUCCUGAGACGAAACACCUCACAUCGGAACAUCUCCGGUGGUCCCUUGUGAGAUCUUGUUGCAUUUAACUUUAACCAGGACACUGGAAAUAAACGAAUAAUACAUUAGUGCAA